ACGCACACGCGCGGGGCACAGCAGUGGUACAUUCCGGCACGGGUGCUGCUGCUGCUCAGUCAGCCACAGGGCGCUCGGCCAGCGAGUGUGAGCACACGGGCAAAUGCCUCGCGGUUGCGUGCGCGCGUGCGGCCGUGGUGGUGGUGGUCGUGGUGGUGGUGGCCGUACAGCAGGGAGGACAUCUCUCUUCGCAGGGAGGAGAAGCAUAUAAUUGAUAAUUGCUGCAAACCGAAGGAUAGGGACGCACACCAUUGCGCCCUUCUCCGCCAAUUCCCCCAUCUCACAGAAACACUUCAGCGGCUCUGGAAAAUCCAAACAACUCCUCGUGAGGCGGCCGCGGUCACUGGAGAUGAGAGGAAACUCAAAAAAAGAGGGCACCGCAGUUCCCUGCAUAGGUUUCUCGACGUGGGCACCACGCACAGAGAGGUCGACCGCAGGCAGCCCGGGGUCAUGGCGAGCCCGCCGUGCCCAUCUGCUGCUGGCCUGGGCGAGGACCUAAAGCAGAUCGAGAGAGUGAAGGAGUCCAUCGCGGACAUCAUCGGGCAGCUGGGUGAGGGCGACGACGCGGGCGGCCUCUCCUUCGCGCCCUUCCUCGACCUGGACACGCAAAUCACGGUCGUCCCGGCCUCCAAGAGCCUCGGCUCUUCGCUGGACGAGCUGCGGUCCUCGCCCUCCUCCUCGGCCUCGUCCUCCACCUCCUCCUCGAUGUCCGCCCUGGAAUCGCCGUCCGAGUGCCGGCCCAAGUCGUCCGAGUCCCAGACCGAGCUCCUGGAGUCCCACCCGCAGGACCCCGCGCGCCACGGCGUCAAGGAGGACGGCGCCCCCUCCAAGCGUUCGUCGAUGGCCGGGUCGAGCAGCAGCGGCAGGGGAACGUCGGCGGACAGAUCGGGCCUGCGCUCCAACGGCUCGCUGCCCACCGCGGGGAAUGGGCCGGGCCGCACGGUGGGCCAGGGCGGCCACCAGGUUACCGUGUUGCCGCUGAAAAGCUUCGCGGACCAGCGGCCGGGGCGCGUCGCCUGCACGGCCGAGCCGGAAACGGAGAGCGACCUGUCGCCAUCCCCGCUGCACGCGCGGCGGGAGGGCGUCCCCGGGAGCCCGGAGACACGGCCCCUCCUGCGCCCGUCGUCCUCUUCCGACGGCGAGACGCUCGUCGCGGGCCUCUCGGGGCGGCCGUCGUCUCGCGUCAGCCUGGCGUGCGAAGACGGCGGCGCCGCGUGCCUGGAAGCGGCCGAAGCCCCGUCGGCGUGUGACGGAGCCGCAGGGAAGCCCGCGGGAGCGGGAUGUGGAGGGUGCAGUGGUGGCGGUGGCAGCGGAGGAGGAGGAGGAUCGCGCUGCGGCCGCCGUAAGCGGAGCGGCUGCUGCUGCUGCCGCUGCUGCGGACACUCGGCGGUGAGGGCGCAGGCGAAGGCCGUGGUGUCGGUGCUCCUGGCCGUGCUCACUGCCCCCGCUGCCCUCUUUGCCGCCUACGAGUACCUGCCCUACGAGGCGCCCGUGUGCCCGGACCUGGCCAGCCGCAUGGUGUACGCGCUGCGCUGUGGCCUCUUCAUGCUCUUCCCAACAGUGUUCGGUGUGCUGGCGCAGGGCGUGGUGCGGCUGUGCGCCUGCUCGGGAGGUUCGCCGGGACGUCGCGCCGAGCGUGAGCGCAGCGUGAACACGUGGGGACGCCACGCCGCCGGCUCCACCGAGCAGCUGCUCCUCUACCUGCUCAACCUGCUGGCGCUCGCCUCCUACCUGCAGCAGGCCGACCUCAAGGUGCUGCCCAGCCUCGCCGCUCUCUUCGCCAUCGGGAGACUGGUGUACCUGCUGAGCUGCGUCCUGUGCCCUGGAUGUCGGGGUUUCGGGUUCAGCCUCGUCUUCAUUCCGGCGCUCGCCAUGCUCUCCUACAACCUUUACUGCCUCUUCACGCUGGGCCUUGACCGCCUCUUCCUGCAGUCCUCGGACCUCGCGCCCACGGCCCCAUCGCCGCCACGGCUCCGCUUCUGGGGCUGACGAGCGCCGAUCGGCCGAGGCAAAUGCAGUUCAGGAGUCGACACACGUGCGCACACACAUGAUACCAGACACAGCAGCGUGACACGAAUUUAACGUCGCCCACCAAACCCAGCACCAUGGUGUCAGGACCUGUAUUAACACAUGGGCUGUACCUCACUUGAGCAGCAAGUGGGUUAGUACAUCUCCUGGUGGUGAUGUCAUCCGUACCGUAGUAUCUUAAUACAACAUUGCUUCAUUAAACCAGCAGUUCAGAUAGAAGGGCUGGCAGAUUAAGAAGUAAAUUAUGUAUUCGAGAUGAAGCCCAACUUCAACAGAUGUGGCACCAACACUAGCUGUAUCGAUAAAAUGUUCAGUCGGUCUGUAGUCUCGGGCAGAGUAUAACAAAUGGUGCUAAAAUGUUUAAUAUAGUGCAGAUCUAGACAGAGGAGGGGAAUGAAUUGGCAGAAUGAUAUACACAGCAGCCAUACAGUGGUUGUUAAAGUCAAAGCAGUUGGCUGAUAAUCAUCAAUAAUAAUUCAGCACGUUGGUGUUCGUGCCAUUCUUAAAGGGCAAGGCAAUCACGAAGACGCUGUGUAAUCCCAAUUCAGUAAUUUUUACAAAUGUUGCUGGUUUGGACAACACUAACAUAAAAAUUGCAUACUCAUUUCGAAUGACAUGCCAUUUUUUUUAUAUCCACGGUGAAGCAGAUGGUACCUUUUAAUACGGUUAAAACACCUCCUGUGCCACAUUUGAACCGUGCAACUCUGCAGAGUGGCGAAUUUACUAUACCACAAGGCCCUGCCAAUGCCCCAAGGCCGUGACCGUGCCCGUUUGCUGGUAGCGCCCAUAUAGGAUGGGGCAAAUGGAAAGUUAAUUCAAUCAAACAAUUCUGAGAGAUUAGGUAAGUGUACAGCAACGGGAGUUGCCCCUUUAAUAAAUGGCUGGGUAUAGGCAUGUACGGUCUCUUAUCAGGGCUUGAUUUCAGCCGGAGCUGUCUGGGGCAAAGCUCUGGGAAAUGUCUCCAGUUCGGAGUUAGGGUUCCGGAAUAUAUAUUUUAAAAUAAGCCCUGGUAUCUUACUUUAAUGUUACACAGAGAAUGGCCUCCGAUGCAUCGUCUUCUGCAAGCGGUAGCCAAUUUAAUCUUGGCCAAUCACUUGCCGGGCUUUCCAUAGCUACAUUAACCUGCUGAAUACAUUGCACAUGCCUCACCUAUCAAUUGAUGCAUGUUAAUUGACAAUAUCUAACAUACAAAAUAGAAGCCGGGGUUGCAACGUGUAGGGUUGAGAACCAAGUGGUAUAGAAGAUCGACAGCAUUCAGCCUUUGCUUUUGCAGCAGUUCCCUUGUUCGAGAUACAUUUGCCUUUUACAGCAGUGCACGCACACACACACAGCGAUUAUCAGUAACCCACCAAGGUGCUCACGGUCUUUAUAGUCAAGUCAAAUCUGUACUCGCCGUACAUCGUACCGUAACACCUAGGUUCAACGUCGACGUGUGCUGUCGUGUGUAAGUGUGGGUAGAUAGUUGCAUGGAGACUCGCGCUGGGUUCUAGCAUGAAGAACAUCCGUUAGCCCGUCAUGCCCAAUGAAACACAAUUCCCAGUCCUGCGACUCAACUCGAACCGCCGCGUCGUGUUGCUUUCAU